GGGAGUGUUUCAUUCUGAGUUUUUUUUUUUUUUUUUUUAAGUUUCGCUUGUGAUGCAGCAAAGCAAUCCGGAAAUAGGUUCGACAGGAAUUGUUACAAUGAGCGUCGUGCACUCGUAGGCCGCAGGGAGCAGUUUGGGAUUUGAAACCAUGGCAUCGCCCUUGGACAUUAUGAAGUCGUCAGACCUCAUCAAGAAGGAGCGUCUGGAUUACGGCGGGUUUGGGGAGGUGUUUCUGUGCUACCACAAAACGCUGGGACAUGUGGUGCAGAAGACGGUCUACACAGGACCACCGCGUAACGAGCAGAAGUCGUCGCUGCUGGAGGAAGGCAGUCUGAUGAGCAAGUUGAAACACGAGCGCGUGGUUAAGCUGCUGGGCGUCAUCCUGGAGGACAGAGACUACUCCCUGGUCAUGGAGCUCAUUCCUAACGGCAACCUGCUGGUCAUGCUGCAGGAGGUAAAUGUCCCAAUAUCCGUUAAAGGAAGGAUCAUUCUGGAGAUCCUGGAGGGAAUGGUUUAUCUAACAGACAACCAAGUGAUUCACAAGGACCUGAAACCGGAAAACAUCCUGGUCGAUGAACAGUUUCAUAUAAAGAUUGCAGACCUCGGACUGGCCACCUGUCAGACGUGGAGCCGACUGACGAGGGAGGAGUCGCGCAGGCAGAGCCGCGGAGGCAGGAAGUCGAGCGCCGUGGUAGGUGGGACGUUGUCCUACAUGGCUCCUGAGCACCUGGAAAGCAUCAACACUCGGUCCACUGAAAAGUCUGACGUUUACAGCUUCGCCAUAGUGGUGUGGGUCAUUCUGACCAAUCAGGAGCCUUACGCCAACGCUCUUAAUCAAGACCAAAUCUGCCAGUGUGUGCGUCAGGGAGAUCGCCCAGAUGAGUCCCUUAUUCCAUGCGAUUCACCAAAAGAUAUCAUCAGUCUGAUGAAAAAAUGCUGGGAGCAUGAGCCACAAAAACGACCCCGGUUCAAAGAGAGCUACGAUUCAUUUCAGCCUUUCUAUAAGGAAGAACUGGAAGGAGACAUCAAGCGAGAUUUGCACGGCCUUAAGGAUUCAUUUCAUGGUCCAUUUGAGCUGCUGGAGAAGCUAAAAACAUUGACAACAGAGUCUGCAGUUGUCCCAUUACUGGAGGCUCCAUCCUUUCCGCAGCGCUCCGGUGACUCCCCCACCCCUCUGAGGAGUUCGGACAUGGGCCCGAUCGAAACGAGCCUGGAGGACCUCAAUUUAAUGACCUCGGGUAGCCUUCAAGUGGACGCCAUCCCCGAGAAUCCUCCUAACCUGGAGCAGAAACUCAACCAAGAGUUAAACUACCACAAAAUGGGCAGCUACCCCCCCGAGCCGCAGCCCUCGUUCCCCUCGUACAGUAACGCCGGUCCGCUCUUGCAGGCUGCUCCUAGUUCAAACUGGGCUGGAGAUCUUCCACAGCAGGUGUCCUCAGUCCAGUCUUGGUCCAAACCCAACCCUUACCUUCCGGAGACUUCAGUCAGGCCGGAGUAUGAGAGAGGGAUGUCGGUGCCGUCUUCGCAGAGCGGGCAGUUCCAACCGUACAAACCUUACGAUCGCAUGCAGUCGUGGGGUUCGGAAUUCCCUCAAGCAGCGAUGUGUCCGCAAGCAGAUAAAGUGUACAUCAGCCAAGCCAGUGGGAUUCAGAUCGGAAACAACAACACCAUGCACUUGCGCAGCAUGGACAGCAUGUCUCUCAGCUCCCAGUUCAGCGCUUCGUCCUCCAACACAAAGUAUAAAGAGCUUCUCUUAAAAUAUGAAGACCACAGCGUCACUGAUGAACAUCUGGAGCUGGUCCGAAAGAACGUAGGUGGGAAGUGGAAAGCCUGCGCCAGGAAGCUGGGCCUCACCGACGUGGAGAUCGACGCCAUCGAACACGACUACGCGCGCGACGGCCUGGCCGAGAAGGUCCACCAGAUGCUGGAGCGCUGGAAGAUGAAGGAAGGACUUCAAGGCUGUACGGUGGGGAAACUGUGCCGCGCGCUGGAGCAGUCCGUCAAAGCAGACGCGCUAAUCGAAAUACUGCACAAGUCACAGGACUACACCGUUUCUUCCAGCCUCUGUGGUCUGAGCCUGGUUUAACAGUCAACAGGCCGUGUGCUGGUUUUAUAUAGAAAUAGUAUCAGUGAAUGUUAUUUUUUAUGUUAAGUUUUGAUCUCAGCUUCAUUUUUCAUUUUCUUACUCUUGAAUGGAGGUGAUGUAUCUUUUUCUUUUGUUUCUUUCUUUAAAAAAUUUUUUUUAAUUGUUUUUAAAAUUUUCAAAGGAUGAAAAAUUUGAACAAAGCAUUGUAUUGUUUGGUGGCGGGGGGGAAGUAAAGAAGGACUAUUUUGACAAAUUGCUUGACAUGAAAGAGGCUCUCGAGUAUUGCGUAAUAAUAUCCCUCUCUGAACCAAAAGAAUAUGCUACAUACACAUGAGAUUGCAUUACACGCGAUGCUGGAUGGGUUCUCUGUUUUCUGCCGGACACAUCGUCAACGAUCAUGCGAACGUCCCUGAUCGUGUCCUGCGACAUUUUUGCAUGGCCUCCGCCAUAAGACGUGAUCAACGAUCACGGAGUAACACUCUUUGAGGGAACUUGAGGAACACCAUAUUUCUUCCUAAAUUCACUUUGACGGCGCUUAAACGAAUUGGUGACGUGCUGCUUGUUACUGUACACCAACACCCUGAUCGAGCAACAGCCCCCACUACCUCAUCGGUCCGACUCGGGGGGCAUCCCAGCGUGUUCAAAGCUCCAUAUACAGUACUGAGUAGCACAGUUAGUACGUAGUUUGGUCCACAUUGCUUGGUCCUAGCGAGAGUUUUUACAGAAUAACUGUACAUUUUUAAUCAUUGAUACACAAAUGUAAUACCUUUUAAGA